AUGAAGCGGAGCAUCGGAACAGACUACACCCCUCUGACGGGCCGCAGCAAUACUUCCCAGAGCAAAGGAUUCGGUAGCCAAGCAGACGAAAAGACGGCCCCCAAAACUCCAGCCAAGCCACGUUCCAACACAGUCGCUACCUUCCUUCAGAAAGAGUUGACGCCUCUACCCGUGGGCAGCAACCAAGUGCGACCUUCUAGCGCUGAAUUUCCCAGGCAAGCUAGAGCCCAUGAGCGCCGAAAUGCGUUCAUGGGGGGGCAGUCUGGAAUCCGCACGUCUGAGGACAGGAGCGGCCAACCCUCCAUGCAUCGGGUACUGGAUGGUGCUACCUUCGACACGUCCUCCCACAGCAGGAGCAGCAGGGCUUCAUGUACUGCACAGCAAUCCGAGUGCAGUGCCGGCGCAGAAGCACAUAUUGCGGACAGAUGCAGGCGAUAUGACACGCAUGGCAGGGAUGCAGGGGCCCCAGUGCUAAGCACAUGCAGCAGAGCAUCGCCACAGCCGAGGGAGGCGUCCAACGCUUCCUCGGCCCAAAAACCCGCUAAUUCAGGCAGCAGCCAAAUGCUCCGUUCCGCUCGUUUGAGGGUGUCAACCCCCAUGAGAUCAUCAGGGCAGAUCUCGGGAGAGACGCUGACAGAUGCCAAUGAAUCAAUUCGCCUCACUCGCAGCGGCGAAACUGCAUCAAUAUCCGCAAAGCAGAGAUUUUUACCUUCCGAUAAAUCCAGGUCUCACCGAGAUUCCUCGAACCGCCGCCAAGAGCAGCCGAAUGCAGAAGCAUCCACAAGGGGAAGCCUCACAUACAGGAAUGGAAGUGAAAAGCCGGGCGGUUCAACCAUACCUAGUGUAAGAGGGCGCUUGGCGCCUUCGAGCUACUUGUUCAGUGCUACACGCACAAGAGAUUCACUGCUAGUUCCUGGAGAAGGUCGAGCAUACCAUCUUGGUGUCCAGCAUGGGGAGCUGUAUAACCGCAUCCUGACAGUUGGUCAUGCAGGGAGAGCAGACUGGCUGGCGGAACGUUUUCUCGACGCGCAAAUGAGAACGCUGUCCCUAAAAAGCAAUCGUAAUUUCAGACUCCACUCUGGAUUCUACAAGAAGAAGCCGGUGUCCAUUGUUUCCAUUGGCAUGGGAGCUCCUAUGAUGGAUGUGCUGGUUCGCGAGGCUUCAUACAUCACGGACGGCCCGCUAGCAAUCGUCAGACUCGGAACAUGCACCUUGUUAGAUCAAGACCUGAGGCCAGGAUCAAUUGUUGUCGCAACCCCUGGCUCGCUAGGCUGCUACACAAACUACGCAUAUUUUGAUGGAACAGCCACAGACUACUCGCGAACCCAAGAGAUGAAACCCUACGUCGUCACAAGGCCAUGCGCGGCUGACCCCGAGCUAUCAAGGCUAAUAUACCGGCAUAUUGCAUCGCAUGAUCCUGACUCAGUCUUUGAAGGACUUAACGUUUCGGCAGAGACAUUCUACAGCUGCCAAGCUCGAGAAGAUCAGUUAUUUAGGGAUGAAAACGAAAGCUUGUUGGAGACACUAGUGCGCUGUGGAGCCCAAACAAUGGAAAUGGAAACCCAUCAGCUGCUGCACUUGGCGUCACGGAGGGUAGAACUUAUGAAGGCGGCCGCAGUUCAUAUUGGAGUCACAAGUCGUACCAAUGAUCACUUUAUGCAUCCCAUUACUCCUUCUCAACUGAACGACCUCGUUGCAGUAACGGGAAAAGCUUGCCUCGACGCUCUUGUGGACGUGACAAUCUAA